UUCUUCGCAGAAAAAAACUAGUAAAACAGAAAAAUCGAGUAAAAAUGCGCUGCUAGCAGGGGUGAGCGGGCCGAGGACGGAGGCUUCAUCUCGUGUCGACGCCUUCCUCGCCCUCUCCGUCCGUCUCGUCUUCCGCUCCUCCGCAGCUGGACUCGUGCGCUAUUCCCCAGGCCGCCACUCCCACUAGGGUUUUCCGGAUUAGGUUUCUAGAACCUUCCGUCGCCGCCUCCCCAUGCACGCGCCGCCGCUGGUCGCGUUCGCAGGGGGCGCCUGCCCCGCCACCGCCGCCUCGUCCUCGCCGUCGCCCUGGCUGGCCUCGCCGCGGGCCGCCAUCCUCGCCGCGCCGGCGAGGCUCCUACGGUCCCGCCGCGGGGCACUUCGGCUGGAAGCCAAGGCCGCGUGGAGGGCUGCCGGAGGGGGACGGGGCCCGAGGGUCCCGGCCAAGGGCGCUGUGCUCGCCUCCUAUAUGGGCGCCGAGGAGGUGGUGGGACCUUCGUCGCUGCUCGACGAGGAAGAGCUCAUUUCACAUAUCAGAAAGGAACUGGAUAAUGGAAAACUCCCUGCAGAUGUUGCCAGUAAUCUGGAGGAGUUGUAUUAUAAUUACAGGAAUGCUGUUCUGCAAAAUGGAGAUCCUAAUGCAUAUGAGAUCAUGCUUUCAAAUAUGACGGCUUUGUUUGAUCGUGUUCUACUGGAUGUACAGAAUCCAUUUACCUUUCCACCUUAUCACAAAGCUGUGCGAGAACCGUUCGACUAUUACAUGUUUGGUCAGAACUACAUUAGGCCUCUGGUAGAUUUCAGGAACUCCUAUGUUGGCAACAUUUCACUUUUUCAUGACAUGGAAGAGAAGCUGCACCAGGGCCACAAUGUUGUUUUGAUGUCUAACCAUCAGACAGAAGCAGAUCCAGCAAUUAUCUCCUUGCUUCUUGAAAAAACCAAUCCAUGGAUUAGUGAAAACAUAGUUUAUGUUGCUGGAGAUAGGGUUGUUAUGGAUCCACUUUGCAAGCCAUUUAGCAUGGGAAGAAAUCUCAUUUGCGUGUACUCGAAAAAGCAUAUGAAUGAUUUUCCUGAGCUAGUUGAGAUGAAGAGGAGAUCAAAUACCCGAAGUCUCAAGGAAAUGGCCUUGCUUUUACGUGGUGGCUCACAGUUAAUUUGGAUUGCACCAAGUGGUGGUAGAGACCGCCCAAAUCCUUCAACAGGAGAAUGGUACCCGGCGCCAUUCGAUUCAUCUGCAGUGGACAAUAUGAGGAGGCUUCUGGAGCAUGCUGGCGUUCCUGGGCACAUAUAUCCACUAUCAUUGCUGUGCUAUGAGGUUAUGCCUCCACCACAACAGGUUGAGAAAGAGAUUGGUGAGCAGAGGGUGAUAUCCUUCCAUGGAGUAGGCUUGUCAGUAACUGAAGAAAUAAAAUAUGGGGAUAUUACUGCUCAUACCAAGAAUGCUGAUGAGGGAAGGGAGCUAUUCACAAAUACUUUGUACAACUCAGUUGUUAAUCAGUACGAUGUGCUCAAAUCUGCUAUCUUUAGAGAUCGUGGAGCAGCUGUAUCAAACAAUGUCAUCUCAUUGUCACAACCAUGGAGAUGAAUGUUAGCUUUCUCAGUUUGGGUCCAGAUUUAUUACUGAAGUUACCUUUUCAGAAGAGCAGGUGAACUGCCAUUGUGCAAUUUCACUGGAGAAACUCUUGAACUUUAAUCUUUUUGAUACCACUCGACUUUAUCAGUCAUGGUGGAGCCUGUCAUUGUCAUGCAGAUCCUUGCUAAGAAGUCUGUGGACAACUGUUGGUUGGUCAAGGGUGACUGGUGAUUCUGCACAUAGGGAUCCUCGUAACUGUUGCAUGCGGUCGUCCGCAAAUUACUGGUUGCUCAGCAACGUGCUGGUUGGGCACUGAGGAAUCCGUCAGGUUGCAUCCUUUUUGCCUUGACGUCAAUUUGUGUAGUUGAAGGUUGAAGUGAUAAAUUGUUUUAUCUUGUCUUGUCAUCAUGUAUAUAGGCUCGAGUCUUUUUUGGCUCCACAUUUUUUUGGAGAUAUAAAAGCAGCAGGAGUUAUGACAUGCCCUCAGUCGGCCCUCCUUGUUGAAACCCUUUGGAUGUAACCUGUCUAUUUCUUAUAUAUACUCACUGAAAGUCAAGGCAAAUACCCUGUGUUUCGAGUA